CAUCCUCAUUCUUCUGGUUUUAUAUCCCUCACCUGCCGUGAAAACUCGAUGUUGCAAUAUUGCAGUUUUACUGCUGUGCAGUGGAAGUGCUUGGGGUUGUGAACAACGCCUGGAGCCCGGCACGGCAGGAGGAGGCGGUUUAUCAUGCGAGGAUGUGCCUGCGCCCUGGCUGACCUGCCCGCCGCCCCCAUCCCCACUGCCCGUCCCGGCCGGCGCCAUGGGAGGAUGCUUCUCCAAGCCCAAACCAGUUGAAGUGAAAAUUGAAGUUGUGAUACCCGAGAAGGAACGAAGCAAGGAGGAGAUGUCGCCCAACGGGAAAGCCAGCCCCCUGGUCUACAAAGUCAACGGGACUGCCCGGCAUUAUCAUCUCGAGGAGCACCCCAUUGCCAGCAAUCCCUACCACAACCCAAAGGAUGUGGUGGAAGCAUCUGUGUGCCACGUGAAGGACCUGGAGAAUGGACAGAUGCGGGAAGUAGACCUGGGCUGCGGGAAGGCUCUGCUCAUCAAGGAGAGUGGUGAGUUCCACGCCGUGGGACACAAGUGUCCCCACUAUGGGGCUCCGCUGGUCAAAGGGGUUUUGUCCAAAGGAAGAGUCCGCUGUCCCUGGCAUGGAGCUUGCUUCAACAUCAGCACAGGCGACAUAGAGGACUUUCCUGGCUUGGACAGCUUACCAAGGUUCCAGGUGAAGAUCGAGAAGGAGAAGGUGUACAUCCGAGCAAGCGAGCAGGCUCUUCAGACACAGAGGAGGACAAAGAUGAUGGCAAAGUGCAUCUCCCUGAGCAACUAUAACCUGAGCAGUACCAACGUGCUGAUCAUCGGUGCAGGGGCAGCUGGACUGGUCUGUGCAGAGACCUUGCGCCAGGAGGGUUUCUCAGACAGGAUUGUGAUGUGCACGAUGGACAGACACUUGCCCUAUGACAGGCCGAAGCUCAGUAAGUCAAUGGAUUCCCACCUGGAACAGAUUGCCCUGCGCCCCAAAGAGUUCUUCCGCACCUAUGACAUUGAAGUCCUGACCGAAAUGCAGGUGGCAGCUGUGGAUAUCAAGAGCAAGAUAGCCAUCUUCAAGGAUGGACUUAAGAUGGAAUACAACAAACUGUUGAUAGCGACUGGAAACACGCCCAAAGCUCUCAGCUGCAAAGGCAAGGAGGUGGAAAAUGUUUUCAACAUCCGGACGCCUGAAGAUGCCAACCGUGUCGUGAAACUGGCCACAAGCAAGAACGUGGUCAUCGUGGGAGCAUCCUUCCUGGGGAUGGAGGUGGCUGCCUACCUCGCGGAGAGGGCCCACUCGGUGUCCCUGGUGGAGCUGGAGGAAGUCCCCUUCAAGAAGUUCUUUGGGGAGAGGGUUGGCCGCGCUGUCAUGAAGAUGUUCGAGAGCAACAGGGUGAAGUUCUACAUGCAGACAGAGGUGUCGGAGCUGCGGGAGCAGGAGGGCAAGCUGAAGGAGGUUGUGCUGAAGAGCGGGAAGGUCCUGCGUGCCGACGUGUGUGUUGUCGGUGUUGGUGCGGUCCCAGCGACGGGCUUUCUCAAGCAGAGUGGCAUCAACAUCGAUUCCAAAGGCUUCAUCGUGGUCAACAAGAUGAUGCAAACCAACAUCCCUGGAGUCUUUGCAGCUGGUGACGCUGUCACAUUCCCGCUGGCCUUGAGGAAUAACAAGAAGGUGAACGUCCCUCACUGGCAGAUGGCACAUAUGCAUGGCCGUAUCGCCGCACUGAACAUGCUGGCCCAUGGCAUGGAGAUCAACACAGUCCCGUAUUUGUGGACUGCUAUGUUUGGAAAGAGCAUCCGAUAUGCAGGCCAUGGGGAAGGAUUCGAUGAUGUUGUCAUUCAGGGAGAUUUAGAUGAACUGAAGUUUGUAGCAUUUUAUACCAAGAAGGGCUCCCGGAGAUGGCUUUUGGGUAACAAGACAGCAUCCCGUGCUGAGAGCCGGAGGAGUGAUGAGGUGGUGGCUGUGGCCAGCAUGAACUACGACCCUAUUGUGUCCAAGGUGGCUGAGGUCCUGGCUGCUGGCAGAACCAUCCGAAAGCGCGAUGUGGAAACCGGAGAUAUGUCCUGGCUAACUGGAAAAGGCUCCUAACGCCAGUUGUGGCUGCUCCUUCCAGGUGCUGCGCUCGCUGUGGGGAGGCGGGAUGGCAGCUCCACAGACAAGUGGGAACACAGCAGCUGAGUCAUUUCGCUGUGAGACUUGGAUGAACUCGGCGCCUGUCACUGUACACUUACCUUCCCAGCAGACCGCCGAUGGCUCCUCUGCCCAGGGUGCCUACUAGGCUGGGGGUCUGUGGUUGCAAUUCCCAUGGGACACUGGAAAAGCAGCUCCCAGAAAGAGCAGGGUUUGGCACUGGCAGCAGGCACAGGCACUGCUUGGCUGCCGGUGCUGCCAAUGGGCUGGGGAGUCCCCAGGAGGGUCUGCCCCACGCAUGGCCCUUGCCCCCGUAAACAACAUGAGUGCUUUUCAUUGCUCCCUGUGCUUUCAAGCAGGUUACCUCUUCCCAAAUCCUCUUUGCUCCAGGCAGAGCUCCGAUGUGCAUCCCUGUGGAUCCUGACAUCUGUUCCCUCUCCACAUGGCUGCAGUGCUUGCCAUGGCUCUCCCUGUGCCCACCCACCCCAGAGAUCACCUGGGGGGACCAGGCAGAUGGGGUCACACUGGGUGGUCUCUGUAAAGCUUGUGUUUCACAUUCUCCCUCCUCCAGGCUGGUUGCCCCAUCCAGCCCCACCCAGCAGAAGCGGGUCCCUGCCCAAGCCAAGGGCUCUGGAGCUCCUCGGUUCCCAUCCCAGCACCCACAGCAUCAUCCUGUUCCAGAGCAGACAAGGGGCUGGAGUGCUGCUCCUCAUCUCUGGGCUCGGUUUGGGCUUGGGCACUGGCAGCUCUCGGUCAGCCCCCAGGGUGCAGAGUGGGAGCACCCUGGAGAGGUACAACAGCCAGACUGCAGCCCCUGGGCUUGGUGGCCAUCCUUCCAGCCAUCCUUGUGAUGUCUUGUGCGGGUGCCAGAGCAGGGGCACAGGCUGCCCAGAGAGGCUGUGGGGUCCCUUCCCUGGAGACAUUCACCCCCCGCCUGGACGCGGCCCUGUGCCCCUGCUCUGGGGGUGCCUGCUCAAGUAGGGGGUGGGACGGGGUGAGCUCCAGAGAUCCCUUCCAGCCCCUGUUAUUCUGUGAUUCUGUGUCUCUCCCCUCAAUGAUUAGGAUUAGUGCUGCUGCUGCAAUGUUACUCAAGGGAAAGUAGCAGGAGGAAUAUUUCUGGCUGUCCUCCGGCCUUCAUCACUCAUUCCUCCUGUCACCUAGGGACAAGGCUGCAUUUCUCCUCUUAGCUUUCCAUGUCAGUGCCCUGCUGUCAUGUUUUCUGCUCCUUGCUGGAAGAAGAGCCUUAUCUCCAGUUCAGGAGUGGACCUGGCCAGCACACAGCCCUGCAUCCAUCAGCCCAGCAGAGCCUGAGGGAAAGAACACACUUUGGAGAGCCUCCAGUGCUCUGUCCUGAGGGAGGUGUCUUCCCCAGCAGCCAGUGUUUUACCCUGAGCCCAAAGCAACAAGAUUUGUAUUUUUAAUUUGAUUCACCCCCUAUUAAUUAAAACAGUACUAUUCUUGGGAA